UAUUGGGCCAGCAAUCCCAAUCAUGUGAUUCAGGUGUCCCAAUCCCCUCCACAUCAUGUGAUUCAGGUGUCCCAAUCCCCUCCACAUCAUGUGAUUCAGGUGUCCCAAUCCCCUCCACAUCAUGCGAUUCAGGUGUCCCAAUCCCCUCCACAUCAUGCGAUUCAGGUGUCCCAAUCCCCUCCACAUCAUGCGAUUCAGGUGUCCCAAUCCCCUCCACAUCAUGCGAUUCAGGUGUCCCAAUCCCCUCCACAUCAUGCGAUUCAGUGUGUUCCAAUCCCCUCCACAUCAUGUGAUUCAGGUGUUCCAAUCCCCUCCACAUCAUGUGAUUCAGGUGUUCCAAUCCCCUCCAUAUCAUGUGAUUCAGGUGUUCCAAUCCCCUCCAUAUCAUGUGAUUCAGGUGCUCCAAUCCCCUCCAUAUCAUGUGAUUCAGGUGCUCCAAUCCCC